AUGGCUGCCGGGGACCUGGCCGGGAGCUUCCAGGAGGAAGUGACUUGCUCCGUCUGUCUGGAGUAUUUCACAGACCCAGUGUCUAUCGAGUGUGGGCACAACUUCUGCCGGGCCUGCAUCAGCCAGUGCUGGGGGGAGUCGGAGCCAAACUUCUCCUGCCCCCAGUGCAGAGAAACCGCCCAGCAGAGACACCUGCGGUCCAACAGGCAGCUGGGGAACCUGGUGGAGUUAGUGAAACGCCUGAGGCUCCAGGCGGUGGCAGAGCCCGAGGGGCAGCGAGUGUGCGAGAGGCACCAGGAGGCUCUGAAACUCUUCUGCGAGGAGGAUCAAACCCCCAUCUGCGUGGUGUGUGACCGAUCCCGGGCUCACAGAGCUCACACGGUGGUUCCCAUCGAGGAGGCUGCCCAGGAGUACAGGUUCCUGGCUGAACAAGAGCGCCUCCUGCUGGCCCGGCUGGGAGAGCUGGACGAGGAGAUUGGGAGGAGGAGGGCGGAAAACGCCACCCGCCUGUGCAAGGAAAUUUCCCAGCUCAGCACCAGGAUCACGGAACUGGAGGGGAAGUGUCAGCAGCCGGUGCUGGAAUUGCUGCAGGGUGUCAGAAGCACCAUGAGCAG